AUGAAAGAUAUAUUUUCGAAGGAAGAUCGACGUCUUGAAUAUCACUUGGAUCCCGAUCAACCUGUCAGUUUGGAUGAUUUGGAGAAUAUUGGAGUGAAGUACUGGAAAAUUGACGUUGAUGACCUUGAAAAAGAUGUUACAUUUACUCGGAUACGAAAAGAACGAUGUUACAAUUAUCAAGACAUGUGUGAAAUCCAUCCUGACACUCUUCCUGAUUAUGAAAAUAAGUUAAAGACUUUCUUUAAAGAACAUCUUCAUGACGAUGAAGAAAUUCGCCUGAUUAUGGCAGGCAGUGGAUAUUUUGAUGUGCGAGAUCGGGAUGACAAGUGGAUCCGUAUCGAAGUCCUAAAAGGAGACAUGCUUGUGUUGCCUGCUGGAAUCUACCACAGAUUUACCUUAGAUAAAAAUGAUUAUAUAAAAGCACUGCGUCUCUUCAAAGGUGUGCCUGUUUGGACCCCACACAUGCGUCCUGCUGACAGUAAACCUGCUCGUCAAGAAUAUCUUGAUCUUCUCAAGGUAAUCGACAAAGAGAAAACCAUCAGUUAA